CCUGCUUAAUGAAACGUGACACAGAAACCUUCCAAUAAAAACGCAGCGUUGCUAACUCAGCGCCUGGGUGUGGUUUGGGAACGUGCACCGUGAAGUGUAAAUAGAACUGUUUACGUAAGAGCUGGGACAACUACGUGAAACUUGCAACGGGUAAAACUUCCAGGUAAUGUAAAAUUACUUAAUUUGUCAAACACGAAAGAGUCACGACUGGCGAGAUGAUGGCCUGGCAGGCUGGCAGAUGAGGCUGAGAGAGAGAGACUAGCAGGAGAGUGUAAGAGGAAGAAGCCAAGCCCCCCUGAACAAGCAGAACUCCAGGCCCCGUCGGGGAAUGUCUGCACCCAACAUAACCAUGCCUGUGGACAGGGACCCCUCUGACAUGGCUAAACUCCUUCACCUCAUCUUCCUCUCCACGUUCUGGGGCAUGCAGAUAUGGGUCACUUUCAUAGCAGGGUUUGUGAUGGAUAACAACCUGUCCAGACACACCUUUGGCUUCAUACAGAGCAGACUGUUCCCUUUCUACUUCCACAUUGGCUCUGCGUGCGCCUUCUUCAACUUGACCAUCUUUGCCAUGCAUCACCCCAGCGACCUUCUCAGCGAGGAGGAGACCUUCCAGAUCUUCAUCUUCUUCGUGUGCGUCACGGUAGCUGCGGUCAACGCCCAGUGGUUCGGUCAGAUGACCUCGGAGAUCAUGGCUGACAUGCAUCUGAUUGAGCAGGGCUGCGGGCUGGGUCAUGACAUAGGCCUGUCCUCAAACCAAGAGGCCUACGCCAAGCUCAGCGAGACGGACCCCAAAUACAAAAAGUUGGCCAGCAAGCUGACCCUGUACCACAGCCUCUCCUCCCUCUGCAACCUCUGCUGCAUCCUCUGCAACGGCACCAGUCUCUACUACCUGGCUGCUAACAUGUCCACGCUGUAAUGCACAGCUGAGAGACACCAAUGAAAUCUGAAUCUUCCACCAAAGUUUUUUGUUUGUAUGCUGUAUAGUUUAAAGAUGAACCAGGUGUGUGUCGCCCAGUGCGAGUGUGCAGUAAAUGUGCUACUUUACAGAAGUUCUGUUUUACAUACCAAAGAAAGCACUGACAAAUAUGUCAUUAAAAUGACUAUCAUCCUGCUGUUUCAUUUCUUACCUGUGUACAGCAUCCUGUUGUGUGUGUGUGUGUGCUUCUCUGUUGUUGCUUCUU